GAAGGAUUAAGUGUUGCCCUAGCAACAGAAAAAGCGUUGAUAACUACGGGACAGCAACGCAUACUCUUAAAAAAUACUGGUCUGAUUUAUCAAUAAAUCAUGCCUUUGAUUGUAAAAGAUUACUCGUGGACACAGACGGAAACUCUGGUGUACAUAAAUGUACCUUUAAAAGGAGUGAAAGCUGGAAAAGUAGAUAUAUUUUCCACAGACGAAUAUCUUAAGGUAAAUUUCCCACCAUUCUUAUUCGAAGUAAUACUGUAUGCGCCGAUAGAUGAUAAUAAAAGCGUUGCAAAGAUUGGAAAUGGAGUAGUUAUCUUCACAUUGUAUAAAAAGGAGGAGUCAAUAUGGGAAAGUCUUGCACUCAUGAACGUUGAUAAAGAGACGUUGCAGAAGAAAAGAGAAAAUGCUGUCCUUAAGGCUCAGGAAAAGGCUGUCACUGACACAGAAGCAAAAGCAAUCAAGAAAAGAGAAAAUGAAAAAUAUGCAUUGGAGACAAUGAUGAAGCUGGAAGAUGAGGAGAGAAAAAGGAUUGAAGAAAUGAAGGAGCAAGAGCGAAGGAGAGCUACAGAAGAGCUGGAGCAGUGGAAGGAGAAGCAGAGGAAGGAAGAGGAAGAGAAAAAAGCACAACAGAGGCGAGAAAUACAAAAGCUUGAACACGAGAAGAAAAAGAAAAAAGAUGAGAUGAAGACAUACUCAAAAUCUGUGUCAGAAUGUCCUAGAAAGAGAACCACGGCUAAGACAGGAAAGUCAGAAGAGAUAUCUUUGCCCCCUCCACGAUCUGCUGGCAGCAUCAAAAUACAGUUUACACCUCGUGUGUUUCCCACAGCUCUGCGAGAGUCCCGUGUUGCUGAGGAAGAAGCGUGGCUGAAAAAGCAGGCAGAUGCAAGGCGAGCAGUGAACGCUGAUGUGUCUGAGCUAAAGGAUCUUAAGGAAGAAGAGAGAAAUCCAGACUGGUUAAAGGAGAAGGGAAAAAAAUUGUUUGCCACACAGAAUUACCUAGCUGCUGUCAAUGCCUACAACCUAGCAAUUCAGUUGAAUCACAAACUCCCAAUCUUGUACCUCAACCGUGCUGCCUGUCACCUCAAAUUGAGAAAUCUACACAAAGCCAUUGAAGACUCUUCCAAGGCACUUGACUUAUUAACACCACCUGUUGCUGACAAUGCUGAUGCCAGAGCAAAAGCUCACAUUAGACGAGGCACUGCAUUUUGUGAAUUGGAAUUAUAUGUUGAAGGUCUUCAAGAUUACCAGGCAGCCCUGAAGAUUGAUCCCCUUAAUGAAACAGUAAAUGCAGAUGCAGAAAAGAUCAGAGAGAUCAUUCAAGGAACAGUGCCUGAUUCUUUAUAAUAAAUAAAUAUUGUUUUCAGACUGAAGGCUGCCCAUAACAGUGUUAAAAGAAAUUGUAAUAUUUUUUUUUUCAUUUUUAUGAUUGACAAAUCUGUUUGUCAAUAGUUAAUGACAUUUCUGUGCUAAAUAAAUAUUUUGAAGGUGUCAUUUUACUAGGAAUGGAAAUAUUUCAGAAACCAGUUAAUUGUUCCCAGUCCUGGGUAUGCCCCUAUCUCAUUUUUAUAUGAGCUAUUUCUGUAUAGGACACUGAAACUAUUUAAUCAGUUAUAUUAGAGCAGACUUUGUGCUAAGUUACCCAAGGAUUAAAUCAUUAUAGUGACUACCAAAUAACAAAAAUGAUUAUAACUGUUAUUUAAUGGUAACGCUGCAUAAAAUGACAAACCGUCAGUUUUCUUCAUCACAGCAGUUGUUUGUUUUAUUAUUUGGUAAGUUUUAAAAGUGUCAUAAUUAAAAAGUGAAAAGACUGAAAGACUUACUGUAUCAUUUUAAACCCAUAGGUGCCAUUUCUGAUUAUUAUUUGAAACUUAAAGGGUUUAAAUAAUUCAAGCUUCCUUACAUAAAUUAAAGGUUUAACAAUUGUGAUUCAUAAUAAACAACACUGUAUAAAUGUGUGAUAGAUGAAUGUUAUGUUCCCAUUAGGAAUCAUUCUUAAACACAUGUGAUGAACCAAUAAAGUCAAUAAACUUG